GCUUCAGUGAAGUAGAAGACAGUAGUACUGCUUGCAGUGAAGAAUAAACGAGUCUUGUUAUUUGAAGAAAACCAUUUUGGUUCACAAUUGAAGCGAACAUGCAGAAAUUCGAAUUCAAAGGACUUUUGUGCCCGGUGUUCACACCGUUUGCACAAGACAAGAAAUCCGUCAAUUACGAUGUGAUUGACAGGUAUUGUCAAUAUCUAAAAUCAAAGAAUGUUCAAGGAGUGUUCGUUAAUGGCGUGACCGGAGAGGGUACCUGCCUUCGCAUCGAUGAGCGCAAACGUUUGGCUGAGGAAUGGUUUAAGGUGUGCCGCAAAUACAGCUUGACCAUGACCCUCUGUAUUGGCGGCUGUGACAUCGUUGAUGUCUACUAUUUGUGUGAGCAUGCUGAAAAACUGGGCGUCGAUUCCAUUGUUCUCAUGCCAGAUCUAUUUUACAAGCCGAAAAUCGAAGAGGAUUUGGUGGAAUACUUUAAGAACGUUUGCAAAUAUUGCCCAACCCGACCAGUUUACUACUAUCAUAUCCCGGAAUAUACUUAUGUGAAAUUGAACAUGGUGCGUUUCUAUGAGCUCAUUCAGAAAUCGUGCCCGAAUUUCUGUGGAAUUUUCUAUCGUUAUGGCGAAAUCGAGGUGGCCUAUGCUCUGUGGAAGAACGGUUGCCAUUUGAUCAUGUGCAACGAUACUCUAUUGCCUGGCUUGAAAAGUCUUGGUUUCGAUGCCUUUUGUUUGAUUUCCCUCAAUUUAUGGCCGGAAAAGGUGAUGGAAACGUACGGCUACACGUGCCAGUGGAAAUUACGUGAAGCCUAUGAGGUGCACAUCAAAUUGUGUGACUGCAUCAAGGAGAUUUGCAACAAUCACCUCAAAUACUGCGACUGGGUCGAAGCAUUCAAAUCUAAAUUCGGCAAAGUGGUUGAUUUCAAUGUCGGCGGUCUUCGUAAACCACAUUGCACUUGGUGGUACAACAAAAAUUAAUCACUCCUUUUCUGGUGGUGCUUCGUGGCGCUUUGAUUUCGAAUUGGGAUCACAAUGUAACUGAAAAGUUUCAUGAAUUAAAUAAAAACAGAGAAUUUGCUAUGAA